GGCGGGAAAUGUGGCCGCGUGCGAGUGGUGGCGCUGCGCCCGGCCCACUGCCAAAUUCUCGAGCCCCUUCCCCCCAAAAACAGCCGGAUCCGGGCUGGGCCACUUCCCGGCCCUCCACAGCUGAAUCGGGACCAGGCCCCAACCCCCCAAAAACAGUUGGGUCGGGGCCAGGCCAUGUCCCUGACCCCCAAAAACAGCUGGAUCGGGGCCAGGCCACAUUCCCGUCCCCCCCACAGUUGGAUCUGGGCUGGGCCACACCCCUCCCCCCCAGUGAGUGGCCAGGCUGUCCCAUCAACAUAACUGGAUAGGACCCCACUAGCACUGUCCAGGGUGCUGGAUUGAGACCACUGGCUGGAUCUGGCCCAUGGUCCAUUUAGCCCACCAGUCAAAAAAGUUGAGCACUAUGCAGUGGUUUCCGAACUCUGACAGAUUGCAUACUACCGAUUUAAAACGAUACAACCUUAAGUACCACUAGCACAUUUUUGUCAUAUAAAGUAAUUAUAAUAAAUCUGUUAACUCAUACCACUGACCGGUUGUCUGCGUACCCCUGGUGGUACCCAUUCCACAGAUUGGGGGCUUGAAUUCCCAUUAACUAGGGAUAGCUGACCUUUACUGGCUGUGGGCUGAAAUAACCCAACCUGAGUCAUGCACUAGCUGGCAUCCACAAGGAUGUGGCUGCCACUGCAGUUUGCAUGGGUGCAUGCUUGCCAAGCCCCACAUCCACAGGCUAUAUUUGGCCUGUGGGCCGUAGGUUGCUGACCCCUGCCUUAAGCAAAGGACGUCAUUUGAACCCAGACGUCCCACAUCCCUACCCCUCGGCUGUUGGAUACAAGGGAGAUAAUGAUGACAUCAUAUGGUCAUUAUCUGUGAAUUUAGGCCUGAAUUAUUUUCCACCAAAAAAAAUGCAGUGGGUUUUUACGUAGCUCUGGGGUGACCAAAGCCACAUUUUUUUCAGCAACUUGGUUCUUCACCAAAAAUGACUUCUUGCUGUAUGUAAAUGGAGAUGGGAUAUAUAUGGUCUAUAUGGGAGGGAACUAUUCAUAUGGAAGGUGUAUGUAGUGUAUGGGGGCAGGGAACGUGGGGUCUCUGCAUGUAUACAUGACAUAAAUAUUAUAAAGGCCUGGAGCCUGAGAGUUCAUGGAGGGGUUCUAUGUGUUUCUGUGUAUUGAGUUUUGUGCAUGUAUGUGGAGGCUAUAUGUGAAGUAAGAUACUCUGUGUGCAUGGCGUGGAAGUCAGAUUUCUCUCUGAUGUGACCAGGAAUGACCAGUUACAGUAAAGAUUAAAGGUAUUAUUCGCCUCUUCAACAAGCCCAAGCAUUUUAUCCGUUUCCAUUCCAUCAAGUGAUAACUGGAGCUCCUAACACGGAAAUUAUGAAUGAACAACAAACUCUGGAGGGGAUUCCAGAGCCAAAUUUUGCUUCAGAGCCUACUCAAGAAGUUACAAGGGGCAGGAAGAGAAAAACCAAAUCAACUGAGCCCAAAAAGCCUGCUGCCAAAGCACCUAAGUCAGCUAAAUUAAAAGGCAAACAAGAAAAGAUCACCGAUACUUUUAAAGUCAAAAGAAAAGUGGACCGUUUUAAUGGGGUAUCUGAAGCUGAACUUUUAACCAAGACUCUGCCUGAUAUUUUGACCUUCAAUCUGGACAUUGUAAUAAUUGGCAUAAACCCAGGCUUGAUGGCAGCCUACAAAGGGCAUCAUUACCCUGGACCUGGAAAUCAUUUUUGGAAGUGUCUUUUCAUGUCUGGGCUGAGUAAAGAACAAUUGAACCAUAUGGAUGACCACACUUUACCACAAAAAUAUGGUAUUGGAUUUACAAACAUGGUGGAGAGAACAACACCAGGUAGCAAAGACCUCUCCAGUAAAGAGUUUCGGGAAGGAGGGCGAAUUCUGAUGCAGAAAUUGCAAAAAUAUCAACCUCGCAUAGCAGCUUUUAAUGGAAAAUGUAUUUAUGAAAUUUUUAGUAAAGAAGUGUUUGGAGUAAAAGUUAAAAACUUGGAAUUUGGAUUGCAGCCACACAAGGUCCCCGAUACAGAAACGCUCUGCUAUGUUAUGCCAUCAUCCAGUGCAAGAUGUGCCCAGUUUCCUCGUGCGCAAGAUAAAGUACAUUACUAUAUAAAGCUCAAAGAUUUAAGGGAUCAGCUGAAAGGCGUUGCACCAAACACAGAGGUGCAGGAGGUGGAGUACACAUUUGACUUACAGCUUGCACAAGAGGAUGCUAAAAAGAUGGCAGUUAAGGAAGAAAAAUAUGAUCCAGGAUAUGAAGCGGCAUAUGGAGGUGCUUAUAGUGACAGAACAGUCCAUGAGAGUGAACAGUGCAACUUCUCUUCAGAUGGAACUGCAUCAAGCAAUCCAGAGUACAGUGGAGGUUCAUGCUUUGGUGAUGUUCCUAAUGGACAGUGGAUGACACAGUCCUUUACAGACCAGAUUCCAGAAUUCAAUGACAGCAGGGCACAAGAGCUAGAAGGAAGCAGUGUAUAAAAGCUGCUUCUUCAGUGUAUGCAUAAAUGCUGCAGUUUUAAUGCAGUUAACAAAAGUGGUACCUCAGUUCUGUAACUGAAGCAUUUUAAUAGUAUUUUACCUCUCUUAGAUAUUUUAUUGUAGUCCAAACCAAUUGUGUGGUAGAUUUAAUCUUAUGAACUAGGUAAUUUUAAGGAAAAGUCCAACUUAAACAAAAAAAAAAAGUAGCCCUUUUUUGUAUAUGAGUUUUCUAUUUAACAUGCACCAUUUCUUGCAGUUUUUGACAAACUGCUUUCUCAUCUAUGAAGACUGGUUUUUAUUUGGGGGUUAAUUUUCUUCUGUGAUUUUUUUUUUAAUGUAGUAGUCUGCAGAGUUAUAGUUUUUACUGACUCCUUAAUAAGUUUGGAUAUUUUGUAAUCCUUUUACACCCAGAGAGGAGAAAAAGAAAAUGUAGCCCUGCUCUCACAGGGAGCAAGGCUUUAAAAGUCAAUGUAGUUAUACAAAGCGUGCAUUGUCAAGGUCUGCCUUCACUUUGCUGCCAUAGGUGAGAGUCCCACUUUGCAGCUAGUAGUAGCUGAUUUGUUUUCUGAGCUAAGAUGGAGUCCCAUCUCCAUUUGGCUUGUUGGCCACCUAGACCAUGGGUCAGCAAUGUUUUGGAGUGUGAGCCCACUUUAACAGAGCUUUGCUCCUGGCACAGGCCACUUCCACUGGCCUCUGCCAUUGCUACUACUCCCUCCCACAGUGCUGCUGCCACUGUUCCCCCCACCCAUACAGCUGCUGUUCAGGCAAAGCUCCCUUCCACUGAAAGGCCACAAGCUCCCCUGGCUCUGUGGACUGGAUAAAAUGGCUGUAGGCUGCGAACUCCUGACCUAGAGCUCUGAUCUAUCCAGUUUGUGAGAUGCGGUGAGAGUGAAGGAGAAUCCAGUGUGUUGAGCAGGAACACAGUUUGAAUUGCUCUAGUACAGCUGACUUGAGAUGAGGCCUGUUUAGGAUCCCUUUCAUUCCCUUGAGCCUCCUCUGGAAAGCACGAGGUGGAAGCUUUUGAGCUUUGCAGAGCUCUAACACUCUAAUUUUCAUGUUUUUCUCUAACAUGCCAUUUGGCCUACACCAAGUAGCUCUAGCACUAAAUGGAGAAAUAGAACCCUUUGGAACUGGCUACCUUUGCAGGAAAUGGGGAGGCUAAAUGCAGGAACAGUCACUUAUUUGUAUUGGUCACCAAGAGGGAAAACUAGAAUGAAGCUGAAAGAUUAGGGAUAAUUGAUAUGGUUCAGUUCCCUUUCCUCUGUGUCUCUAAGUGUAGGGGGAUUUUUCUGUUUGCUUCCUUCAGGAAUAAUGAUAUAGUGAGGUUAAAACCAUGGGCAGCUAAUCUAUGAAAACAAAAUCAACCCUGGAAAGUAAGGACCUCUUCUUAAGAAUUUGCUAAAAUAGUGCAUGUGUCUCUGUGUACACUUUAUGUGGCCAAUGUUUAGGGAGUGUGGAGGAAAUGAAUUUCCAUGCUUGUGCCUAAUAUCACUGUCUUUCCCUCUCUUUUAUAGAGGAGAGUUGGGGAAAAAAAAGCAAUAAGUUGAUCAAAGCAUUAAUGUUUUGAUUAUCUUAUGAGAGCAGGUGCUUUAUAUACUUGAAAUGUACACAGAUGGUAUUUCUGUAAUCUGAACUAGUUAGAGAUUACACUACCAGGUUUGUUUUUUCUUUCAUCUUCUCAUAUGCUUCAGCAGUUUUUUCAUCAGAGAUUGAAUGGAUGCAUUCAGUGUAGAUCCUAAACCUACUGUAAUGCUUUUGGAUCCCACACACUGCCAGCUUCCUAUGAGGCAGGCAUGCUAUUUACAGUUUUCUUCCCAAAUUGUGUGGCUUAAUCGUAGAGUUUCUUAAAUCAAGACAGUGUGCAUUAUGGUUCUGAUUAUGCUUAUUGGCUCCAGCAUAAAGCUGUUCAUUAUAUUGUUAAAGAUAUGUAGGAAUCAUUCAUUUGUUAUUUAAAACGUACUGUAUCAUGUGUCACUGUUUACAUGGACGUUUUCCUGCUGGUGCUCAGAGUAUCUUGCAUCAGGGAUUUGUUACAAUUCAAUUUAUUUUUCAACAAAACUCUGGAAAGCAUGUAACUACCAUUGCUGAGAAAGUAAUGUGAUAGUACAUAACUACUGUAAAGAUGGCUUCUUAAUUUGAAAGUCUCUUCUUUGACAGGCACCUACUGCAUUAUGUAGGUAUAAGUAUAGUUAAACAUACAAAGACAAUUACAUUAAAUAUUGCAAGUGAUGUGUAUGUAUUCUCUCAGAACUGGUGCUCUUUCAUUACAUUAAUAUGGAGGUUUUUAAACUGUCUUAAAAUCUACAAAUGUUUCACAAUAAAAUCAGGAAUUGUAUUGGA